GACCUUGUUAAAAAAAUAAAAAAAUAAAAAUAACAGUCGUUGUCUAAAACAGGUUGAAUGCAGAAUACCACUACAGCUAAGUAAAUAUAGAAAUAAUUUCUUAUCUUAUUUUUUAAGAGUACAAAUCAAACAUACCGUUAUCAGCGGACUGAUUUACUCUCUGUAUUAGUAAAUAUGAUCACGUGAUUCAUGUAACCAAUCACUGGAGAUGAAGGCAGCAAAAAUACUAUGAUUGUUCAGAGGCAAGGUUUCUGAAACAGAGUAACGUUUUAUAUGAGUUCGAAGGGAUCCGAAAAUGUCGACUAGUUCAGCUCUCAGUAGCUAUUAUGUGGACUCUAUUAUGGGGCACGACACGGAGGAUGUGUACGGAGCACGUUAUGUCCAGGGCUCACACACGGCGAGGCCGUCAGGUGUGGGGGAAAAUGCGGAUUUCUCGUCGUGCAGCUUCGCUUCCAAGUCAGCCGUGUUCCCUGCGUCCUGGACCUCGGUUCAUCAACCAUCUACUGCCGCUGUAUCCGGAAUUUACCAUCCAUACGUCCACCAGACCCAUCUUUCAGACAACAGAUACGUGCGCUCCUGGAUAGAACCAGUCUCAAACCAUAUCUCUCUAUCGGGGUUCCACUCCAGCAGUCGGCACAGCGGUACAAAGCCUGAAAGUUUAGCCUCGAAAAGGACUGAAAGCGCGGCGUUUGAAACGGAGACACCGGUGGUUCCCGAGUUUAGCUGCAGCGCUGUAUCCGAGAGCGUAGACAAAGCUACUGAAGAAACGGUUGCGAAUGAUAUUUCGAGUCACAGUGAACCUAAAGACGAAAAACAACAACAACAACUUGACCCAAGCAACCCAGCAGCAAACUGGAUCCACGCGAGAUCAACAAGAAAGAAACGUUGCCCUUACACAAAAUAUCAGACUCUGGAGUUAGAGAAGGAGUUCCUUUAUAACAUGUAUUUAACGAGGGAUCGUCGUUAUGAAGUUGCACGAAUCCUGAAUUUAACAGAGCGGCAGGUUAAAAUCUGGUUUCAGAACAGAAGAAUGAAAAUGAAGAAGAUGAACCGAGAGAGGAGCAGCAAAGAUCCUUAGUGAACAGUGAACAGUGUGCUUCAGCUCAAAACCUAAUGCGCGUUCCUGUAAUAUGCUCGGUUUAGGAUACAAUUGUUUAUUUGUUUUGUUUUUGAUUUACUUAUUCAAAUGUCAUAUCUUCUGUAUAUAUAUAUAUAUAUAUAUAUAUAUAUAUACAUACAGACACACACACACACACACACACACACACAUAUAUAUAUAUAUAUACAAUAGCUAUUAUUAGGAUGACUUGAAAUGAAUGGAUAUUCCACAAUAAAUUAGUUAUAUUUGGCUUAAAACGCCUAAAAUCUGUUUCCCAGCACCAUGGUGGAGUACUUCAUUCAGGAUCGGAGAAUUCGGUUUCGUUAAAUUCUGAAGUUACUUAUCCUUACUCAUAAAAAUCCUACCACAAAAAUGUGUGUAAAAACUUAGGAUAUGGUUCGUGAUCUGAUCAGUUCUUAAUGUGCUGAUCUUUAAAUCUGUCCAUAAUGCAUGCAAAACCCGCUCUUCACUUUCAUGCAGCCACAUGUAAUAACUUACUGUGCCUUUAAUUUCUGUCUUUUUUUAAAUUGGACAUUAUGUACAAUCUCAUAUUUCUAAUAUCUAUUUUAUAAACUAGUGUAUUUCUAGUCUUGCUGGUGUGGUAGAUGCAUCAAUAUGGUCUAAAUUAUAUAAGAAAAUAGAACUUUUUAGAACAUUUUUUUUUUUUUUCAAUUUCGUUUUAUUUUUCACAGUGAAGCUUGUCUUCAGUGCUGUAUAGUGAAUUUGGGUGUAGACAAGCUUUGUUAAAUACUCUACUCGUGCACCUACUGUGAAAAUGUUCCCUUUUUAGACCAUGUUUUACAAAUAAAUGGCAAUUUCGACUGCA